AGAUUUAAUUCAGUCUAAAAUGGCGCCGCUGCUGCUUUGGAUGCUUUAAUCUGAAGAUUGUGAACUGAAUUCUUCAUCUUCAUCGCAGUUCAUCUCGUAUGCGGAGAAAUUGAUUUAAAAAAAUGGCGAUAUUCUUAUGUGCAACUACUUUACCAUCAUCAACUAAUCUUUUCGGCAAGAUUUCAUGUAGAGCUACAUCUGAAUUCAACUCGUUAUCUGUCCGACGUCCUUUUACAAGAACUUGUAGAAAUAGCGAUAAAAGAGUUGCAUUCGCAGCUCUAUCUGUAAAAUGUGUUCGUUCUGUAGUUCGGAAAACAGAUACAAGUUCCAGGAAAAGCGUGAGAAAGCUGAUUUUGAGCGAAGGAAGAGAUGAUGAUGAGAAACACGGGAUUAUAUGUCCUGGCUGUGGAGUUUUUAUGCAAGACGAGGAUCCGGAUCUUCCUGGAUAUUUCAUGAACAGAAAGGUUGAAACCGAAGAAUUAUCAGCGGAUGAGGAUGAUGUCGAUGAUUAUGAGCUUGAACUCGAAGAAGAAGAAGAAGAAGAAAGUGCUAUAUCUGUUGCUGAAAUAGAAAACAGCGACAAUUUAGAAGAAAUUGAAGAUGAAUAUGAAGAAGAAGAAGAGGAUGAUGUUAACAACUCCGAGGAUGAUGCAAACUCUGAUAAUGAUGAUGAUGAUAAAGAAGAGAUUGAUUGGGAUACGGAUGAUUGGGAAUCGAAAUUUGAAGACAGUGACAAUGAUUCUGAAUUCGACGGUUUUGCUCCUGCAACAGUUGGAUAUGGUAACAUAACAGAAGAGGUUAUUGAAAAGCAAAAGAAGAUAAAAGUGUCGAAAUCAGAGAAGAAGAGGCUGAUUAGGGAAUCACAUUCUCAACGCGACAAAGAAGAGCUGACAGUUUGCGCUCGAUGCCACUCAUUGAGAAACUAUGGACAAGUCAAGAAUCAAGCAACGGAGAAUCUGAUUCCCGAUUUUGAUUUUGAUCAGCUCAUCACAACUAGACUAAUGAAACCAACUGGAAUUGCAGAUGCUAUAGUAGUAGUCAUGGUUGUUGAUUGUGUUGAUUUCGAUGGUUCAUUCCCCAAAAGAGCUGCGAAGUCAUUGUUUAAAGCAUUGGAAGGAGCUAAAGAAGGUCAUAAGCUUACGAAAAGAUUACCUAAACUUGUUCUUGUUGCUACAAAGGUGGAUCUUUUACCAUCGCAAAUUUCCCCUUCUAGGUUAGACAGUUGGGUGAGACAUCGAGCUAAGGCAGCAGGAGCACCUAAGCUUAGUGCGGUUUAUAUGGUUAGUUCUCGAAAAGAUUUAGGUGUUAGAAAUUUGUUGACUUACAUUAAGGAAUUGGCUGGUCCUAGAGGUAAUGUGUGGGUGAUUGGUGCUCAAAAUGCUGGUAAAUCUACGUUAAUUAACGCGUUUGCUAAGAAAGAAGGGAAGAAUAUUACAAAGUUAACGGAAGCUGCUGUUCCUGGUACAACACUUGGGAUAUUGAGAAUUGGAGGGAUUUUGUCGGCUAAGGCUAAGAUGUAUGAUACUCCCGGGCUACUUCAUCCUUAUUUAAUGACGAUGAGAUUGAAUAGGGAAGAACAGAAGUUGGUUGAAAUACGAAAGGAGCUGCAGCCUCGAACUUUCAGGAUAAAGGCAGCUCACACUAUCCAUGUAGGAAGCUUGGUAAGAUUAGACCUUGAUAGUGCUUCUGUAGAUACCAUCUAUGUCACGAUUUGGGCAUCACCAAAUGUGUCUCUUCAUCUCGGAAAGUUGGAAAAUGCUGAUGAAUUCUUGAUUAAGCAUGCGGGUAUCAGGUUACAGCCCGUUGUCGGUUCGGAGCGACAUUCAGAACUGGGGAAAUGGAAAGAGAAGGAGAUAAAAGUGAAGGGAACGAGUUGGGAUGUGAAUAGCUGCGAUAUUGCAAUAGCUGGAUUGGGUUGGUUCUCGAUAGGUCUUAAAGGUGAAGCGAGUUUGAGACUUUGGAUUUACGAUGGUGUUGAGGUUAUAAUGCGAGAGCCUCUUGUACUUGAUCGAGCUUCUUUUCUCGAAAGACCCGGUUUUUGGUUACCUAAAGCAGUAUCUGAUGCUCUUGGGAAUCAAACUAGACUUGAUGCCCAGAAAAGAAAAUUGCUUGAAGAAGAAGAAGAAUAGGGUACUAUUUCCAACUGAUGUUCUUAAUUGAGUUCUUUUUGUUUAUUUACAGAUGACAGUAAGUUAUUGAGGUUUUUAUUUUAUAAAAUGCUGAAAUUGAAAACUA